AUGACGCGUCCCGCCAACGUCGGCAUCAAGGCCAUCGAGAUCUACUUCCCCAGCCGCUAUGUCCCGCAAGGAGACCUAGAGGGCUACCUCGGCGCCAGCAAAGGAAAACACACCAUCGGCCUGGGCCAAACAAACAUGAGCUUCUGCGACGACCGCGAGGAUAUAAACAGCCUAUCCCUCACAACGCUCUCCGCCCUCCUAACCAAACACUCAAUCCCCGCAAAAAGCAUUGGCCACCUCUCCGUCGGGACCGAAUCGUUGAUAGACCGCUCAAAAUCCACGAAAACAGUCCUCACCCAGCUCUUCUACCCAGAGAACCCCGACCUCGAAGGCGUGGACACAUACAACGCAUGCUACGGCGGGACCGCGGCGCUGCUCAACGCGGUAGCAUGGAUCGAGUCCUCAGCGUGGGACGGGCGGGACGCGGUGGUGGUGUGCGGGGAUAUCGCGGCGUACGAUACCGCAGACACCGCGGCACGACCAACAGGGGGAGCAGGGUGCGUGGCGAUGCUGGUUGGGCCGGAUGCGGCGGUGGUGGUGGAGGCCGGGGCGCCGCGCGCUUCGUACAUGCGCCAUGUGUAUGAUUUCUGGAAGGCGGAUCAUGCGCGCGAGGGACCCGUGGUGGAGGGGCAUUUGUCGCAGAGGUGCUAUUUGGAGGCGGUGGAUGGGUGUUAUCGGCGGUGGGUGCGGAAGAUGGAGGUGAAGGUUCGAAGGGAGGGAGAGGAGGGGGAGGUGAACGGUCACAAUUCGGAACGAGGCGCUGGCAUUGGCAUCGACUCCUUCGACUACUUCCUCUUCCAUGCCCCGAAUUGCAAGCUCGUCGCAAAGGCCUACGGCCGGCUUCUCUGGAACGAUCUUCUCGGCGCCGAUGCUGUGCCUGCCGAGCUGUUGGCGCUGGCUGCUGGCCUUGAGCGCGACGACGGGGCCACUCUCGCGAAUAAGGCCCUCGAGAAGGAGCUUAUAGCCCGCGCGAGGGCGCGCUUCGAGCGGUGCGUGCAGCCCGGCCUGCUGGUUCCCACGCAGUGCGGGAAUAUGUACACGGCCAGUCUGUACUCCGGGCUGGUGAGUCUGCUGGGCACCGUGCCCAGUGCGGACCUCCAGGGGAAGCGGAUCGGCAUGUUCAGCUACGGUAGCGGGCUGGCGAGUACCAUGUUCACUCUGGUGGUGCGCGGGGACACCACUGCGAUGGCGGAAAAGUUGGAUCUCAAGCGGCGGCUGGAGGCGCGCGUGCCCGCUACCCCGGAGCUGUGGGAUGAGAUGUGCCAUCAGCGUGCGCGGGCGUAUCAACAACGGAACUAUACGCCCAAGGGGGAUAUCGAGUCCCUCCUUCCGGGCACCUACUAUCUAGACUAUGUGGAUGAGAAGUUCCGGAGGACAUACAAAGUCAAGGCGUGA